AUGGACUUCAUUCAGGAAGGACCGGUGAUCGCCUUGGCGGUGCAGCGUAUCGAUGGCUUCAAUCAUUAUCGUCGGCUGAUCGGGAGUGAUGAGACGAAGAGCAAAGGGAGAGACGAGAGGGAGCCAAGCUUGCGCGAUCGUUUUGCCGUUGACGGCGUCAGGUGUGCCUUGUUGGCAUCCCAGGACAUGAAGCACAGCUGCGACAACGUGCUGGACAGUUUGAAGGAUCUUUCAAACGUCUCGAGCAAGAUCCUCACACUAGCGAUUAUCAAGCCGGAGGCUACCAUGCAGCUACACAAGAUCCUCAAGUACAUGCGCAAGGCAGAGCUCAGCGUCAUCGGCUUAAAGAAGUUGAGCAUGAGUCAAGAACAAACACACUGUAUCGCAAGGCACGAUGGUGAAAAUCAUUCCAACAGCAUGCUCCUUGGACAAUCUUGUAUCGCUCUCGCGCUGGAGCGAACGAACGCGGUUGCUGUCCUCCUCAAAUUGUGCGGUGAUGAAGACCCCUCGCUUGCUCGGAGAAGGGACGAGUUUGCUCUCAGGGCUAUGUUUGGACUCUCUGCUACAGCAAACGGCCUCCAUGCCUCGCGUUCCUUCCUGUCUGCGCAGGAGGAGAUCAGAUCGAUCUUUCCUGAGUUGCAUGUCGAUCAUCCCAGCAAGAACGACGAAGUCUGUGGAGCUCACAGACGACGUGUCGUGCACAAGGGCGAUCAGCGUACGUUGAAGGAAAUGCUCUUCCUGUGCUUCUGCGAGGACGUGAUCGCUGACGACGACUACAUCGCGAUCCUGGAGGACCUCGUCCUCGAGGACUUCAAGGUCUGCAACCUCCGCCUCACCACUCUCUCCACCAAGCAGAGCAUCGAGCUUGCCGGUGCUCUUAGCCACAGGGGAGCCGACGAAUCUUUUCGCCGCGGUCGCUGCCUCCUCCUCGCUCUUGAGAGGGAUAACGCCCUCUCCCGCUUCCAGAUGGCACAGAACAAGAAGCUCGGAGGGCAGGGCAGGCUGGCGGAUCUUGUGGCUCGACAUGCCAAGGAGGAGAGUAGCUGA